AUGAAGUCUCGCCGUUUCCAGGCCAACCCCGACGAGGCUGUCGAUCCCUUGCCGUUCGACUACACUCUUUUGAGCCACCUCUACGUGCACUCUGACGGAACGGAUGUGAUCGACCUCAGCGGCCUUGCUGUGGGCAAAGAGACCCACUGUCGUGUACACUCCCUCUUGAAGAACCGCAGCUUCGUACCAGGGAUGAUGGAGGCGGAGCCUGAGGCUGUCGGGUCGUACCUGCACCUGCGCGUCGACGAAGACGGUGGCAGUUCAUUGGACAGCUCAGGUGACUACAAGAUCCACGGCGCACGCCGCCCAGACCCCCCGAGAGGUGUGUCGGCUCCUGCAUCGAACCUGGUGCGCAUCGAGGAUAGAGCGGAGCACUGGUGGUUCGUGUGCCAGGCCGCAGAGGACACGGCGCUGUACGCGCGCCUUUUCAACGGAACGGAAGACCUUCUGAGGUACCUGAAGCAGCACAAGCUUCACCUUCCCACCGGCUUGAACUCAGAAAGCAGCACGGCGAAUGAAGCAUGGGCGCCGCCUAAGCCGCAUCACGACAGCAGCAACAGUGUUAGCGACACCACCGAACCGGUCCUGCCGCUGGCGAAGUGGCUGGACAUCCAGGUUGACCGAUCGAACCCGCUCAGCGUGGAGCGGGUGACUCAAAUUUUGAACCACCUGCCGAUCUCGCAAGAAACCAAAGAGAGCUGCUUGUACCUGUCCACGGUAGACUCGAUCGACAUUAACUCGCAGAACACCGGUAGUGUCUCUGACAGCAUGUCCGGCUACGUUUUUCUCAACCUACUGUGCACGCCGGUGGUGGAAAAUGGUGGGCGCCGCGCAACUACUUCGGCGGCCACCACCGCUCGCGAAGCUGGGAACACGGGCUCUACGUCGAACCAAAAGGGGUUUCUCCACAGACUGUGUGGAUUCAAAGUUGACUUCUUGAGGACGGACAAGAGAAGAACGACGAAGCGACUAAAGAUACCGAGGCGCGCUGCGGCUCAUGUUUCGCCGCACGGCAUCCUCCCCACUACGCGGAGCGUGAUGGAGAUGCGCUUUGAGGCGGCGCGCAUAAAUGCGCCGCGCUCCUCUGUGCCGGACCCUGUGGCUGUGGCUGUCAUUGUCUUCGCGGAUUGGAUGAUUACCAUACACGAAAAACCAUUUGCGGAGAUGGACGACAUGUUGCGCAUGUUGCAGCUACACUGUUCACCACCGGAGGUGACAACCUCACAUUUAGGCUAUACCGCUCGCCUUUCUUCAUGCAUGCGACGCCGCUUUACUGCGCCAUUUGCGAUGAGUAUGCUCUUGCAAAUUGUGGUGGGCCAUCAUCUCGACAGCAUCACUCUCGCCCAGGCGGUCGAUGAGCUUGGCGACUGUGUCUUCGACGUCAGGGAGAAACAGGAGGACCAGGAUGCCGUUCUACAGCACAUCACCGCCGUUCGGCGCUGUUUUGGCGAGUGCGGCACCGACACAGUCCGGCGUGAGGUACUCUUUGCGUCUCUGCUGCAGCCCAUUUUUGCUGACCGGUUCUUCGUGGCCGACCCUGCCAUCCGCCACGAGCUGGAGAACGCGCAGGCGCAUUUGUGGCACUUUCAGCGCGAGAUAUCGGACUGCCGCGAUACGUUGGCCCUCUCAAACUGGCAUCACAAUGUGGCAAUUCAAUGGCUUCUGCUGCGCCGCGGUAACCGCGCUCUUCGCAUGGCUCUACUUCUCACGGAAAUGACAAACAUUAUGCAACCGAUUGUGAUUGUGCAGACGCUCUACUCCAUGAACGUCCCGUUGCCAUUUGAGGCGGAAGGCAACCCACCGCAGACGACACUGGCGCCAUUUUUUUUCUUGGCCGCAGUUUUCCUCAUCUACUGCACCUUCACCAUCGGCGCCAUUCGCCACAUAAUUGUUCGCAAGUCAUUCCAGACACGUCUACUUGCCUAA